AUGAUUCAGAGCGAAGCCUUAGGAAUGCCGGUGUCGCCGCCGUACCACGAGGUACAAGGUGACGUCGAACUUAGAGGAUUAGAGCAAAAGACAACUCUUUUUGCGGCAAAGUUAAAUGAAUCUACGACUUGUGAAGCGUUAAAGGUACAAACAAAUUUAGACGUUUAAAGUGAAAUGUUGAUUUGAAUUUCUUAUGGAAACAUAAGAAAACAACUCGUACAUGAGCUUAUCAUGUUGUUAAUUGUUACACGUGGUUUAUCGUAUACGAGGCAAUGUUAGUAGCUUGCGAAGAAAUGAUUCCAUUCUUGAGGUAGGAGAUAACGGCAAAGGAGUAAUAAGCGAAUUAGAGGUAUCUUUCGAUUAAUAACUGGAUUUUAACUCUAAACAACAUAAGCUCAAAGCUUUCUCUAAUAAUUAGAGGUAAUUAAAUACACUUGAGCUUAAAAUUAUUUCUUUCUUCAUCGCCUGCCUAAUGACUUCUCUUCGUCUUUCGAGUUUUUACUGUAUUUAUCCGUUUGUUCACCUGUGUUUCAUUUCUUUCCUUAGCACAAGCACACUGUGGGAAGUGAUGGUAGUUCCCAGAGUCUAGCCCCAGAAUAUCAUACCCUACAUAGUGAUCGGAUGGAAGGUACUCAGUUACAACACACGGCUCAGAUUCAUAGUAUCUCUAAAAUUAGAACUACCUUUUGCUUGAACAUCAUAUAUAUUAUAUUCUAAAGAAACUAUAUUGGAUUGUUAUGUUAGAUGUUAGAUCUUAAGAAUUAGUUACUGCUAAAUGUAGUCAUGUAGGAAAGUGUUGUGUUGUCAGAACACAACUAAAGGCUGGUUUUCAGAAGUGACUGAGUCGGUGUCUGAGUCGUAAUCAGAAUCGUAGAACUUAACGAUUAAGUGAAAACAGCUUUCUGAUUCCACUUAUGACUUUGUCGUUUACAAUCAAGGGAAAAGUAGGUUGUCAGAGGCACAGGCAGAAGCAGAAGAACUAAACCAAUCAGACGUGGGAAUGUGCAUUGUGAUUGGUUUAUCCUUCCCCUUCUGCUUCUGACUCCGACAAUCUGACUAGGUCAUAAGCGAUGGAGUCAUAAGUAGAGUCGGAAGAAAAUGGAAAGGUUCCGAUUCUUCCGACCCCGAUUCCGUCGUGCUUACGACUGUGCUUAGGACUCCGAUUUUUGACUUUCACGGAGUCAUAAGUGCUCUUAUGACUCCACUUACGACUCCGUCGGUAGUGAAGACCAGUUGUAAACUCUGACGUACCAAAUCAAACGAUCAGUAAUCAAAAUCAAUUGAAUUUAAUCAAGCAAUUAAGUUUGAUUGCCCAACACGAUCAAACAAAAUUGAUCUCGCAAAAAAAGUCUGGCCAAUCUAAUACAAACAAACAUUUGUUUUCCAAAGUUUUGAUUUGACAGUUGAAAAUAGAUUGUCUUGGCUGGUGUUGCAGGGAAAAAUUGCUUCCAGGACCCAUGCGUGAAUUUUUACCGCUUUCUUCUGUCCACCUAACCUGGAACUGGCAAGGCAGCAGGGCUCAAAGUUUAAAUUUCAGUUUGGGAGCACUUGUGCUACCAGAUGUAAAUUUUUAGGCGCACUGCCGAAAUUUCGGGCGCACAGCUGAAAAUUUUAGAAGCACAGCUUAUAAUGUUGGGAGCAUCUAUUUCAAAAGAAAAAGUAAAAAGCUUAACAGUGCCACGUUUAUUUUUCAUCUUCAGUUUGUUACUUUUACUUCAGUCCUGUGAUUGAUAAAACAUAGCCGAUUUGCUACACAGUAAUACCAUUGUGAUUUUAAUACAAAUUUCUCUUUUUGACAGUAGAGUUGUGACUUAAGAAAACUUACACUUGAAAAACAAUUCAAAACUGACAACAAUGAGUGUGUCAAACGAGAAUGAAAAUUAAUCUUUAAUGAAUUUGUUAAAUGCGCAAUGACUGACAUCAAGAGACUAUAAAGGGGGACAGAGAGGGCAUCCCCCAUAUACACCCUAUUCCAUAGGUAAUUCGUCUCGAGUUAUUUUUAGAAUCGGGAUAAAGUUACCUCGCGCGAGGCGUGGAUGUUUCGUGGAGGUUUCGCAUGACCAAACGCGGUGCAAAACAUGUCGGGCGAGAGGCAAUAAAAGCGUAAAAAGAUCGAGAGCAUUCCUGAAUAUUGAAGCAAAAUGAGUCGGCGCUCACCUGGGAAAAAGGAAUCGCUGGACUCUUUGACAACCCGUGAAAUCAGUUUAACUCGAAGUUGUCGUAACCUCAGUGCUUUAAUAAACUGAGAAAUUUCGCCGGUCUAUUGAAACCGGUCGUUUGUACAAUUUAGGGAGUUUAAGAUCCAACGACGCGGACGACAACUAGAAUGUUAAAAAAAACAAUAGGUUUAAUUAGCAAAACAACAACUUCGCACGUGCAACACACUUUUUUGUUCAUUUCUUUCCCGUUUUUGCACGACUACGACGUGAAAAUGCCUAAUUUCACGUUUUAUGGAGGACGUAAAUAAGCAACGACAAAAUUUUAUUUCUCUUUCUAAGCUUGAAUAUGGUCCCUUGAAAUUCAGCUUUAGGAGGGUUCGCCUACAAUUGACAAAGUAAGUGGGUAGGAAUAAUCGCUAUAAAGACUGAAAAAAAUUAACAUCAAACCAGAAAUUGCUCUCUUCAAAAAGUCUCUUAAUCCGCACUGUUUUUGGUUUGAUUGACGUUAAAACUGAACGUUCGACAUGAUCGUUCAUUGUGCAAAAAGUACGUGUUUCGUUCGUAGCAUAUAGAGUCGACUCCCGAUAACUCGAACCUUCAAGGGAAAUCGAAAAAAGUUCGAGUUAUCGGGAGCUCGAAGAAAAUAGCCAAGAGUAAGGUAAAAAACAGUUUUUAUUGCACAGUGAACAUUUUAAUCACAUUUAAUUGUAGAAAUAUCAAGUGAAAAUUAAAAGAUACUUCUAGAAUAUAAAUCAAAACGUAACGUAACAAACCAUAGCCUAAAUAGAGCAUGCGUUUAACUGUUUUGAGAAGUAAAGCUGCUUCACGUUAGCCUACGACAAUCAAUAUCAGCCUCCACUAGUAAACUAUACUCUACAACACGUCAGUAGGAAGUCCAAAAUUCAAUGUUUCGGACGCCAGUAGACGGCUUUUUUCCCGACGUUUUAAGGGCUCAAAACAUGGUUCGAGUUAUCGACGGUAAAAUUAUAUAGAAAAUGACCUGAGGGGAAACGAAAAUUGGUUUGAGUUAGUGGGAGUUUGAGUUAUCGAGGGUGCGAGUUACCGAAGGUAAAAUUACAGUGAAUGUAUGGCGGAAAUCCCGGGGAAAUCGAUUUUGGUUCGAGUUAGCGAGGGUUCGAGUUAUCGGGAGUCGCCUGUAUUUGCAUGUGUCAGCGGUGUUUAUUACAAAACAGAAGAGUCUGGGAUGGAGUAAAACAUUGAAACGAAAAAGUUCGUAGAAUCCAUUGGGAGAAAAGAUAAAUUAAACAUGCACCGUCUUUCUAGUUCGAGUUCGUAAGUAUAGUCGGAAGUAAGUCAGUCGCACUGUGCUUUGGGUUUUACGGCGCACAGGUGCGAUUACACAUGAAUUUCUAGGCGUACAACCAAAAAUCCAGUUGCAUAUGCAACCAGUUAGUCGCUAACUUUGAGCCCUGGGCAGGCUGACAGGCAUGCUGCCUGCUUGGUCUAAAAUGCCUUAAUCCAGGCAAUCAAUAAUACUUGACUCAUUGAUUAUUAAUCAAUUGAUAUUUAAUUGAUUGCCUUUCCCCACUUUUCAAUGAUCUUUCCCUUCAUUGAUUGGGGAACAAAUCAACAAAAUCUAACAGUUCAGUUCAAUUAAUUAUGUUAGAUCUGUUCAAUAAUUGAACUCAUAAAGGAUUCCGUGUUCAAUUUUACUUGAUUGUGGACAUCAAUCAAAUUCAAUAAAAUGAUUAAGUUCUACUGAUUUUGAUUGAAAUUUUGUUUGGUCAUGUUUGAUUAGGUAUGUCGAGCUAAAGAACUUGUAGUGGACACAUACACAGUCAUCUAAUCACAAUCUGUUGAUCUAAAACCAGGUAUUGAGGCCAGCGAUGUCAGUAAUCUACUAGAGCAAUUUUUGGAAUAUGAAGAGAAACAAGGUAAAAUAAUUGUUCAGCCAACUUUAGGUUGAUAAAUGUAUAGUUUUGGAGCCUGACAACGUUAAGCUCCAAGUAAUGUUUAACAUUAUAUUGUUGUAUGGUGGGGGAAAAAAGGCAAAAAAGGGAAAAGAUGUUUGUUAUAGUGGGAGGAUAGUGAAAAUGUUUAAAGUAGACAUCCUCAGCUAACUCUCUGGUGUCUGCUUGAUAAAUGUUUUGAUAUGUGGAGGUACAAUGUAAACUUCCAUGUCGUUCAGGUCUGUGGUGGAAAUGUUUAAGACACUCCAAGGUACUAUGACUUGAAAUGUUCGCUUUAAUUUAUUUUUUACAAUUAACCAGUUAGUAUAGGACAUAAUCUUGUUCCCACCAUGGUGAUGGGUUAACAUGAUUAACGGUGUUUACCAGUAUAAGGCAGUGGAAGUAACUUGCUUUUGUUGAAUUAUUGUUCUUCCUCUCUAGGGUCUUUGGGUGGUCGUUCAUCAUCUAAGAUUCCACUUUCCUCAAUGUAAGUUAGUCUUUAGCUGUGACAGGACUUCGUUUUUUGGAAGCAAUAUUUUCCAUAGAAGUGUUGAUUUAGUUACAAAUAGCUGUGGUGAGUCCUGGGACCCAUCCUGUGAAGAGUUCUGAGUUCCAUAUGAAAGAUUAAUAUCCAGUUUAUAAUAACAUGGACAGUUUGUAAUGGUAUUUAAUUUAGGACUGAGUGGAGUCCAAUUUGGUCUGUAAUCGUACGAGUGGUUAACAAAAUCUGCGGUCGUUCGAUUUGUUUAAUCACAAGUAGGAUUACGGACUGAGUUGGACGAAACAAAGUUCUGUUUCCAAUUAAUCAUAACUAUAAAAAGCUUUGUGACAUUUUAGGCUUUUUUUAAUUGAAACACAAGGAAUUCCAAAAGUUUUCUUUUAACAGUGAGAAAAAAGCCAUUUAAGUGCACACAAGUUGUACCAUUUAUUAUUUAGGCAUUAUGCGCACUUCCUGUCAUCAACGUCCAGUUGAUGGCCAAUCAGAUUUGAGAAUUUUGUUAUAGUUGUGAUUAGUCACAAAAUCGUCCAAUACUGUUAAACUAAGAGUACUGAAAAAAGACUGUUCAUUACUAUAACCCAAAAAGAAUCUAAAAAAGUAUUAAAAUAUUAUUCAUUGUCCUAGAUCAUGAAUUUAUGUUGUAAUUCAUGAUGUCAACACUGACAGUUUUUUUUUUAAAUCUUCAGGAAGGACAAAUUUCCUGGGAAGGAAACCAUGGUACUCAAGAUUAACUCCUUUGUAGAAGCACAUGACCGGGAUUUUGUCUUCUCCCAUGAAACAGAGAAUGAUUCUGUUAAUUCUGAUGUACACGGUCCUGCAAGUGGAGAAACUCUAGAUCUCUUUUAUCUGCCGAAAAAGGAACCUUUACAAAAUGGUGUGACAAAACAUGAGAGCUCUGGGGACAACAAAAAAUGCCUUAUUGAUAACCACUCAACUGACCAUAAUUAUGCUUGCUGUGGAUAUCCAAUGAGAAAGCCACCUCAGGAUGCUGCUGAAAUCAAGAGUUUUACAACCGUAAUUACAGAUUUGUCAAGACCCAGUCCACAAAAAUCUGUAGACUCUGAUACUGGGAAUCAAAUUGAUGAAAAAGUGUCAGACAGGACUGACACCAUCUCUAGCAAAAGACAAUCAAGUUGCUUUAGAGAUGACGCUGAUAGGAAGAGUAGAAUUCCAAAGCGUUAUAGAGGUCCAUACUGUGAGGACAGUUCUGAUGGGGAGUGCAGUAGCUCUGAUGAUGAUAAAUGCUAUGACAGGAGGCAUUCCAGCCAUCAUGGUAGUUCAAAUGUAUACAAUGAAAACAGAAGAAAGCAACACAAAAGGAAACCGAGUUAUAGCUCUGAUGAAAUAAGCUGUUGUAAAAGAAGUAAACGUAGACAUAGCUUAUACUCAGAUGACAGCUCUGAUGAUCAGCAUUAUUCCACCUCAGAUGAUGACAGCGGCAAAGAAUACAGACGGAGAUAUGAUCCCAGAGAAUCAGAGUCUUAUGUAUCACAGAGACAUUCAAGUGGUAGUGAUGGAAAUUCAAGCAGUCAUAGAAGAAGGAAAAGACGUUCUGUCGGCCAAGAUUAUUCAGAAAGAGACAGUCAUGACAGAGGAGACAAAUCUGUUCGUGAUAUUGAAAUGGAAAGGAAAUUGGGCUUCAAGUUUGACCAACACAUCAAAGGCACAGCAAAUGUAAAUGAAUUUUAUUUUAAAGAAACAAACUCUUUUACUUUCUAAAAACCAAGUGAACAAAUGUAGUUUUUAUCUGUGCUGUUCACUCAUUAUUUCACAUUGAAUUUUCAAGCUUAUUGUAAAUUUGGAAUUGAAUGUUCAGUUUGUUGUGUUUUGCCUUAGGAGGAAAGACGUAUUGUGUACAUUGGAAAAAUAUCAAACAAGACAACACAAGAUGACAUCUGGAGAAGAUUUCGUCCAUUUGGUCCUAUUGAAAAAGUAACUGUUCACCUUCGUGAGGAAGGGUAAGAUUGACAGUUUCUUUGCACACUCAACUUUAUUCACAAUUGGUGUUAUUAUUAUAUAUAUUAUUAUUACAAUGGUGCAGUAAUAUGGUUUAUAAUAUACUAACAGUUUAAUGUGACUUUGGUCCAACAAUAAUAUUGUGAACAUUUAAAAUAUGUCUCUGGAAAUUAAUUUUAAGUUUUUGCCACCCCCAAAAAACUACUUUUUCCUAGUGUUGUGUUACCUGUAUUGUACUUGUCAUGAAUGGAUCCUACAGCUGUUUCUUACUUUUUUCAACAGGGACAACUACGCUUUUGUGACAUUUUUUGAAUACUCAGCAGCUGCUGAAGCCAUUGAAAGUAGGUUUAAGAAAUUUUUGGUGGCACAUUUUGUUUUUGUUAUUUUCAAGAAGGCAGACCACUGAGUAUAGCUGUGGUAAAACAUUUGUAAUAAUAAUGCCGAUUGUAAAGAAUCUGUUGUCCCAUCAUGAAGUCUCAUCAAGGAUAUUAAUUAUUAUUACUAAAACUCCGUAACAGCCAGCAGAUUUUUAAUUCUUUACUGUCAAAGAAAGUCAAGUGUACCCCAAAGAUUCCUAUAGUGAAUUGGUUAUUUGAAAAUUGAACUGUUAGUCAUUGUAGAUUUUGUGGGUCAAUGAUUUUUAUCCUUGGGUUAAAUUUUAUUUCCCUUUGUUUUGGGGUAUGGUAAUUUAUGAUAAAAACAAUGGCGAGGGUCACAAAACAGAGCAAGGCUUCAAUUAAAGUGAGCCCUUGAGAAACAACAGAACUAUUUACACAUAUGGCUAUAUAAGGACAUGGAAUCUAUUAAAUUUUCCAUAAGUAGCUAUUUAUUUAAUAUUUAGUGGCUAAAUAUAUCAUGAGUAUUUAAACAUAAUGUUAAUUAGUGUAUAACUCUAGUAACAGUGUACAUCUAGUAGUUUGUACAUUGUACAAUGUACUUACUGUAGAAAAUGAGGUUAAAUAAAGGUACACUGUUAUUUUCAGUUUUACUGAAGAUUCAGCCGUUCCUAGGACAGAUACAGUAGUGAUAGCAAUUUUAUGACUGUGCUGUUAACUUGUUGUUGAUUUUAAGGAGGUAAUGAAGAUUCAAGGCAGCCUGUAUUGGACAUCUGUUUUGGUGGAAGGAGAAAGUUUUGUGGUGGAAGCUAUGUUGACUUUGGUGAGUACUGGGAGCUGCCUGGAGACUAAUGUGUUGUGGUCUUGUGGGUAAACCUUUAAUCCAUAUGACUUGGGGUUGAUUAAGCAGUGAUUUAAUGAGAAGAAUUAAUUGGAUGCAAUCGUCUGUAAGGGCCUGUAUAAACAGUUUCAACAUAAAAUUUGGAAGCAAAUGGUGCUACAGUUUCAACAUGUUUAACAUAAGUUGUUCCACCGGGAACCCAAACCCUGUAUUAGCCAAAAAAUAUUUAGCUGUCUUUACCCCUGUUCCCAAGUAUUUAUGAGUUGUUUUGCCAAGGAUUUGAUCGAAUCUGAUCAAAGACGUUUAACAUCGCUGGUAUCAAAAUUCAUUCAGCUUUUUCCACAUGGUUUUUCACAGGCUUAUUUUAGUCACAAUUUUCUAAAUUUUGAAAUUUUGCUCAAAAUUUAGGCUGUGCAAAAUUCACAGGUUUUUUCACUGGGAGAUUUCUUGUAACAGGGUAUUUAACGUAUCUUUCAUCCAAUAGUGAGAAUUAGGAUCUGUACUGAGAAAACGUGGUUUUUUGAGUAAGCAAACAGAAUUUCCUCAAAAACACCUCUGAAAAACCAUAUGAAAAUUCCUGUGAACAAAAUAGUGAUAUAUUUUUUGAGUUAAUUUGCAAAAGCUCUCUCAAAAAUCAUGUGGAUAAUAAAGGAAAUAUUGAUAAUAAUUGUUCUCUUGAUGCUGGCACCUACCGUAUUUCUUCACCUAUAAGCCGAGCGAUUUUUUCAGUUUUCGACCCAAAAUUUUGGGAGAUUUUUCACGAAGAACGGGGUUCGGCUUGUAGCCGAGGGUUUUGGAUUUUAAAAAUAUACAGUUGCUGAAUAACUUUACCCCCCGGCUUGUCGUCAAGUUAGAAAUGAAGCAGAAGUAAUAAAACACAACAAAAAUAACUUCUGAAUAUUGGUUAGUCACUUUUAUGAAAUUGGUGCAAUGACGAAGCGGUGAAACCGCACAACAUUCUCUUCGAGGUCGGCGGGCAAUCGCUGGGCCAGAGUUGUUUUCGUUUGCAUGCUGACCGAGUGGCGUCGUUUCCAUUUCUCAUACCAUCCACGGGAAGCUUUGAAAGAAGGAUCAUCGGUGAGCUCUUUAGCUUUAAGGCGAAGCAUCAAUCCACUCACAGCAAUACCUACGAAAAAUAAAAUAACAAUCUUAUUUUGAUGCGAGAUAACCAUAGAUUCGUGACUGCAGCACUCUUUUCGUGACAUGUUAUGAAAUUGUCAUGACAACAACACAUUUCUGGCCAAUCAAAGUCUCUGUUUCCCACGCACUGAAAGACGAUAUCAUUCAACUCUACAAAAACUCUUACAUGUUCCGAUAAACAAAGUAAAUACCAACCUUGUUCUCGUUGCUGUGAAAACCACUCCAUCACUUGCUGGUCUAGUUCGCGAUAUUUCGGAGUGAAACGGCCCAUCGUCGCACGUUUUGCAGACAUCUUCAGCUCACCAGAAAGAAUAGUCGCCUGGUUUCUUCUCCAGGGUCGUACCAUGGACUCGCUUAGUCCAUAUUCUCGAGCGAUUUCCGAGUUGUUUUCUACCGCUUCAGCUUCCGCGAUAACUUUUAUCUUGAAAGCCAUACUAUACGUGGAACGGCGUGCUUUAGGCAUGAUGAUAAAAGUAACAGCGACGAAAGGGAUACUCGAUCGAUUGAUACUUUGAAACGUUUAACUGAGAUUGUUGUUGUGGUUGAUCUGUUGUCUCUUCAUUGGUUCGCUUUUUUUCUUUUGUGUUUAUUGUAAUUCAUUACGUUUUGUGUUCAGUGAGUCAAUUUCUUAUGUUUUCUGUGAGGUUCGCUUGCUCAAAUGGCCAGUUACAAUCAAUAAUUUCGCUCUCGGCUUAUAGCCGAUGGUUUUACUUUUUUUUUUGGGCAGCCUGAGUCUAGUGGAAAGACCCUGACUUUCAGGGUCUCGGCUUAUAGCCGAGAUCGGCUUAUAGGUGAAGAAAUACGGUAGUUCUUUCUUGUGCCUCAGGAAAAAACCUUGUUCCAUACUGUGCACUCCUGACCUCCAACUUGGCUAUUAGGAGAUAUAUGAAUGUAUUACACUGUAUUUGUGAAUUUUGUGUUACUUUUGAGCCAUAGUCUCAAGCUCAUAAGUAAAUUUAAGUCUCUGUACUUUGCUCCUAUUGCUUGAAGAUUUACUAAUAUACUGACGUUUUACAAUCUUGGGGUCAACUGGUAUGAUAUUUAUGAAAAUAUCGACAGUAUUGUUGAUGGAAACGUUUUCCUGUUUUUAGACUCCAAUACCAGUUACCUUGAAGAACAGGAGGUCAGCCGACCUCCCUCCUCUGAUGAAAUGGACUUUGAUACACUUCUUCAAUUGUCACAGAAAAAUUUAAAGGAUAGAAAAGAAUCUUGCAGAGGAAGAUAAAAAUUCGAAAAAAUUAUGUAACGAAACAAUGCGAUAAAAUUGACAGUUAAUUGCAAUUGACGGGUUGUAAGUAGACUAUUUGUAUGAAUUUCUAAAACUUAUGAAAUUUUCAGAUAUUGAAGAAAAAUUAGUUAUCCUGAGCUGAAGAUGUGGUGAACUGAAGAUACAUGUACAUUGUACUUAACAAAAAAAUUAUGCAAACCAACUUAUCAAACCAACUCGGUGAGCUGCAAGCGAAACGAUGCAUUUGACUGGGUUUUUUCUAGAAAGCGGCAUUGCAUAAUUUCUUGCGAUUAAAAAAAAAAUUGGCAAGAAAUUUCUGUAAGUGCAGCAAAUGGGGUGCUAAAACAAUCUGAAACAAAGAUCCCAGUACCGGUUAUGUACACGUUCUUCAGGGAGAAACCAGGCGGGAGGUGUGAUCGCAUCUUUCAUGGUUGUGAGAACGCGAAAAGUAAAAAAACUGAAAUGACAAUUUUGAAAGCAAUUUUAUCAGUUACUGGUGUUGAAAAUGAUAUAACUAGAAAAAUUCAAAAUUGUAUGACAGCAAUAAAAACAAUGAAAAGGAGUAGAUUAAAGAAGAAGAUUAAUUUCAAAGCAAAUGGUAGAAAAAAAAUUCAAAUACCUUAGCCCUCUUUCUUGUAAAAUGGCGCUUGCUAUUCAGUUUCAGUAGAGGGUCCUCUUAUUUGAAUAAACCCUAAAAUUAAUUGACAUCGUUAUCUUUUCACUGAGGCUCUGGUACAUUUUACUUUUUUUGAAGCUAGUUAAUCGUAUGAAGGUGAGAUGUAAUAUCUAUUCUUGUUUGGUUUGUGUAAUUUUGACAAUUGUUAGAAGUAAAUUAUUAUUAUCUUUAAUUAUAUUUUAUAUAAUUCGUCACUACAGUGUAGUGCUUCAUCAAAAGUUGUUACAAUGGUAAUGAAACUUAUUUUUCCCAGUCUUAGUCAUUAUGAAGAGUGAAAUCAGAGAAUUUGUAUUUUUUUCACCUAAUAAUACAUUUGCAAUGAUAUAACCGGUAUCAAAUCGGUACAAUACAAUAUAUUUCGAGCGCUUAAUUGUGGAAGUGAAUAAUGGAAGCUAACAGUGCAAUGCCCUGAUAUUUAAUUAGUUUUAGUUUUAGUAGGCUACUAGUUGGUUAAACAAGCGAUGGUCAUGAUCUGUCGAGUAUUUAAAUAUUCGUUACAGCACGGUACAUUUGCGGAAAUUUUUCAUCACUUGCGUGAUAUUUAGAAUUUACUAUUUCGCAGAUUAAUUAACCGUAAAUGAGAAAUUUGAAAUAGUAGUUUGCUCUGCUGAAGUGAAAAUAAAUAUUUGUCAUUUACAUC